AUGAAGGUCCCCAAUGGGGAGAUAGAGAUGCCUAAGGAGAAGAUGGCGGUCCGCAAGGGGUCCCCAAGGACCUCAAAGUCCCCAAGGGUGGGAUGGAGGUCCCCAUGGAGCUCAGGGUCCCUCAAGGAGGGUGAUGGAGGUCCCCAAGGGUGGGAUGGAGCUCCCAAAGGAGCUGGAGCUCUCCAAGAGAGAGCUGACAACCCCAGAGGAGACCCAACAACCCUCCCCGGGCGUCCCCACGGCCCGGUCCUAACCCGUGUCCCCAACCCACCACCAGGCCAGAGCGGCGCCGGCAACAACUGGGCCAAGGGCCACUACACGGAGGGGGCGGAGCUGGUGGACUCGGUGCUGGACGUGGUGCGCAAAGAGGCGGAGAGCUGCGACUGCCUGCAGGGCUUCCAGCUGACCCACUCGCUGGGUGGUGGCACCGGCUCGGGCAUGGGCACCCUGCUCAUCUCCAAGAUCCGCGAGGAGUAUCCCGACCGCAUCAUGAACACCUUCAGCGUGGUGCCUUCACCCAAGGUCUCGGACACGGUGGUGGAACCCUACAACGCCACGCUGUCGGUGCACCAGCUGGUGGAGAACACGGACGAGACCUACUGCAUCGACAACGAAGCCCUCUAUGACAUCUGCUUCCGUACCCUCAAGCUGACCACUCCCACCUACGGAGACCUCAACCACCUGGUGUCGGCCACCAUGAGCGGCGUCACCACCUGCCUCCGCUUCCCCGGGCAGCUCAACGCCGACCUGCGCAAGCUGGCGGUCAACAUGGUGCCCUUCCCUCGUCUCCACUUCUUCAUGCCCGGCUUCGCCCCCUUGACGUCACGCGGCAGCCAGCAGUACCGGGCCCUCACCGUCCCCGAGCUCACCCAGCAGGUCUUCGACGCCAAGAACAUGAUGGCCGCCUGCGACCCUCGACACGGGCGCUACCUCACGGUGGCCGCCGUCUUCCGGGGCCGCAUGUCCAUGAAGGAGGUGGACGAACAGAUGCUCAACGUGCAGAACAAGAACAGCUCCUACUUCGUCGAGUGGAUCCCCAACAACGUGAAGACGGCUGUGUGCGACAUCCCGCCCCGGGGCUUGAAGAUGGCCGUCACCUUCAUCGGCAACAGCACGGCCAUCCAGGAGCUCUUCAAGCGCAUCUCGGAGCAGUUCACAGCCAUGUUUCGCCGCAAGGCCUUCCUUCACUGGUACACGGGCGAGGGCAUGGACGAGAUGGAGUUCACCGAGGCCGAGAGCAACAUGAACGACCUGGUCUCCGAGUACCAGCAGUACCAGGACGCCACGGCCGAGGAAGAGGAGGACUUCGGUGAAGAGGCCGAAGAGGAGGCUUGAAAGCCGCCGCAGAGCCCUCCCUUUCCUGUCCGGCGUCGCCGGAGAGCCCUCGUCCUUCCGUUGUCUUCGUCGCCGGAGAGCCCUCGUCCUUCUCCGGCGUCGCCGGAGAGCCCUCGUCCUUGCCCGUUGUCUUCGUCACCGGAGAGCCCUCGUCCUUCCGUUGUCUUCGUCACCGGAGAGCCCUCGUCCUUCUCUAGCAUCACCGGAGAACCCUCUUCCUUGUUCUUCUCUAGCGUCACCGGAGAGCCGUCGUCCAUCAUCAUCAUCACCGGAGAACCCUCUUCCUUGUCCUUCUCUAGCGUCACCGGAGAGCCGUCGUCCGUCGUCAUCAUCACCGGAGAACCCUCUUCUUCGUCCUUUUCCAGUGUCACCGGAGAGCCCUCGUCCUUGUCCGUCAUCGUUGUCACUGGAGCGCCGCGUCCUCCUCCAAUGUCACCAGAGAGCCCUUGUCCCUCAUCAUGGAGAGCCUUCGUCCUCCCAUCGCUAUCAUCACCAGAGAGACCUCGUCCUUGUCCAGCAGCACCGGAAAGCUCUCAUCCUUUGUCUUCAUCAUCGUCACUGGAAAGCCCUCAUCCUUGGCCAUCGUCAUCGUCGUCACCAGAAAGCAAUUGUCCUCGUCACCGGAAAAACCCUCGUCCUUCAUCCUCUCGUCAUCAUCAGUGGAGAACCCUCAUCCUUGGUCUUCAUCAUCCUCGGUGAGCCCUUGUCCCUUCUCUGCCAUCAUAGUCACCAGAGAGCCCUUGUCCUUCUCCACCAUCAUGGUCACUGGAGAGCCCUCGUCUCUUCCCUCAUCAUCAUCACCGCAGCUCCUUCGUCGUCCUCCAUCAUCAUCGUCCUCGGAGAGCCUUCGUCCUCGUCACCGGCGCACCCUCGUCACCCAAGAAGCAUCGUAGCUCCUCAGUUGUCACUGUCACCGGAGACUCCUCGUCCUUCACCAUUGCGGUCACCGGAGAACCAUUGUCACCACGGCUCCUUCGUCCUCCAUCAUCUUCGUCACCGCAGCUCCUUCGUCGGCGUCACCAGAGAUCCUUCGUCCUCGACACCGCAGCGCCCUCGUCCCUGUCCCUGCAGAGCCACUGCCACCCCCUCCGGUGUCACCGGGGAUCCCCUGUCCCCACCAUGGCGAUGGACCCCACCACUAAAUUAUUGUGGCCCCCCCCUUAACCAAAUCAGCCUGGUUUCUCCCUAAAAAAA